AUGUCCCUCUCAAAGCGCGCCGUUGCGCAGAGCAUCCCCAACCCCGUCUUCGACGUCCUCUGCAACCUCUGGCACCCCUCCUCCAACCCCAACGGCUACCUCUCGCUGGGCAUCGCCGAAAACACACUCAUGCACGGCGUGCUCGGCUCGCACAUCCAAUCCAGCGUCGCAUCGCUCCCCGAGUCGGCGUUCACCUACUGCGACGGCUACCAGCGGCUCGGCCGGGCCCUCGCGCGCUUCCUCACGCGGCACCUGCAGCCCGUGGCGCCGCUGACCCCCGCGCACCUGUUCGUCGUCAACGGGUGCACCACGGGCAUCGAGAGCCUCGCGCUGUGCUGCGCGGACCCCGGCGACUACGUCCUGCUCGGCCGGCCGUACUACACGGCGUUUCUCGACGACGCGACGCUGCGCACGGGCGCGCGCAUCGCAGAGGUCAGCUACCCGGACGGCGAGGAUCCGCUGGGCCCAGACUGCGUGCGGCGCUACGAGGACCGGAUCCUCGCGAUCCAGGCGGACGGCGGCAAAGUCGGCGUGCUGAUUCUAUGUCACCCGCACAAUCCCCUCGGGCGAUGCUAUCCGCGAGAGGUCCUCGUCGACUUCAUGAGGUUGUGCGAAAAGUACGCGCUGCAUCUCAUCAGCGAUGAAAUCUACGCCCUGUCUACAUUCAGCAACACCCUCGACACGCACCCGCCUCCGACGCCGUUCCAGUCGAUCCUCUCUAUAGAUCCAGAGGGCGUCAUCGACCCGGCGCGCGUGCACGUCCUCUGGGGCAUGUCCAAGGAUUUCGGCGCCAACGGCCUCCGGAUGGGCGUCGUCGUCUCGCAGCACAACCCGGCCCUGCACGCAGCUCUGCAGCCGACGGGCCUGUUUGGCAGCAUCUCGUCGCUCACCGAGCACGCCGUCACCUGCAUCCUCGAGGACGACGCGUGGGUUGAGGCCUAUGUGCGGGAGAACCGGCGGCUGCUGGGCGAGCGCCACGCCGAGGUGGCGACGUGGGCGCGGACGCACGGCAUCGAGUACGCGGCCGGCGCCAACGCGGGCUUCUUCAUCUGGCUGAACCUGGGCGCCAAGUAUCUGGCGCACCAUCCAGAGGCGCAGGGAGGCGACGUGGAUCAUUUGACCAUGGACGCGCUGCUCGAGAGUAAAGUGUUUCUGGCGGCGGGAUUCCGGUUCGGCGCCGACGAGCCGGGGUGGUUCCGGAUCGUGUACUCGCACGACAAGGCGUUUCUGGAGCUGGGACUGGCGCGGAUCUUGGGAGCAUUGACCUGA